AUGGUGGCCCGAAGACGCAAAAACCUUUCUCCACGAUAUCUUGCCUUUCGCCAUGCACGAACUUUGCUUCGAAGCCAAGGCUUGUUGGCUGUUGACGAUGACUAUCUCGAGGCAGGGCACCAGCGUCUUCACUCUUAUAUGACCCCCGGUCUUUACGGGGGAGGUUAUACCAUCAAAACCACGCAAGAGAUCGACGGAGCAGACAAGAAGCUGGAGGGUACCCAGCCAUUCUUUGUCGACAAAUUCCUGUUUAAACUGCCAGAAGGCGAAGUCCACUCGGUCUAUCCGCCUCAGGGGCAUAAGGAAUGGGCAGAGGCCCUGCCACAUAUUGUAUUCAACACACCCAGCACGCCGUGGGAAUGGGCUGGCAGCAAUCUUGAUCAGGAGCCGGAUUAUGAGGCGGAACGAAGCCGAGUCCCGUGGCUGGCCGUUUUUGUUUUCACCAAGGACGAGCUCGAGUUAUCGAGCGACGAUUUGGCCGAAAGCCAUGGGAUCUUUGGAAGGAUUAAAGGCGAAGAGGAUGUCAGGCAGACAAAAGGCCUAACGGUACCGGUGCGAGUGAAGGACAUUGAGAAGCUGCAGAAGACAGCAUCACCAGUGAAGCCGACGCCUACCACCACCGAGGACACCACGACAGAGCUCAUCUUCCUCCGGAGGGAGCUUUUCACCACUCUUUUCUGCGAGCAGGACCACGAGGGAAACCUGAAGAAGGGUAGCGGCCCCGAUGUCCGGCCUUAUCGAUUUCUGGCCCAUCGACGGGACAUCAAUUCCACCGGCAUGGCAGUUGCCGCCAAAACCGCCACCGAAGACGAUCAGCAAUCCUACAGUGUGAUUCUUUCGCAUCGGACAGGACCUACCUCGGCAACCGAACCAACAAACUGUAUUGCUCAUCUGGUCUCGAUCUACGGUGUGGAGCAUAUGAAUUGGGCGGAUACUUCUGAAUUUGUGGCCAUGUCUUCCCUAUACAGUUGGUCUUACAGCUGCUAUCCGUCGACAACACCAAACGUCUACAACCAGUUUGUAAAGUUGGGAGAGUCCGCCCAGAUGUUACACGCGGCCGUCGAGGCAAAAGACCUACCGGACUCCGACAUUCCGCCUAAUAUCAAGGAAAGAGUUUUGACCCGCUUGCAGAAUGGCUACACUAUGGCUCGUUAUCGAGUCAAAACAGGGGAAUCGACCGCCUGCUUUACACGAGGAGCAUUCAUCCCAGUUGCAAAUAUUGCCGCAGAAGACAUUUGGGAUCGUCUUUCAAACUCCGGCAGCGAUCUUCAGGUCCUCGACAAACAGCUAGGCAUCAUGGAUAUCACCUACUCGGCUGCUUGGCAGCUUGGUCGAACCAUGGCCAUUGCCGAUCAAUCGUUCGUCACCAGUCUCGGGCAGGUACGCAAAAACAUCUACGAUCUUGGGAUGUAUUACUACCAGUUGGAACUCCUAUCCGAGCGCUCUCGCGAGCAGAUCAUUGCGGCAGUUCCAUCCCUGGUGCAGUCGCUCCAGUCCUUGCAACACAGUAGACAGCUGUCUGUGACCAACUCUGAAUCGAGAUCCCGGCGUUGGUUUCGCCCAUCAGUGAAACCAAUCGAUCGAUCCUAUGCUGGUCGAUCCCGUAUCAACAUCCAUGGGGAGGAGGAAGACGCAACUGAGGCCCACUUUCUUCGAGCUGCCAGAGAGAUUUCCAGUGCUUGUGAUGAUAAGAACCCUGAUAAUCCAUCCAAGGACCCAUAUAAUGAAUUCAACACCCCGUUCUCAGCCGAUUGGAUGACUGUUCUCAAAUGGGUGCUUGACCGGCUCGUGUUUUCUAACAUCCCCACCCAUUACCUAGUCACCGACGGUGGUCAUCUCCCGGAGGAGAGUGUUCGAUUUUUCGAAGUUGACACCCGAUGGAUGAACGCAAUGAUUGAUGGAGCCUUGAGUUUGGCCAACUACAUCGAUCAGGAGGAUGACAAGGUCCGCAAAGCAAUUUUCCACGCCAUCUACCUCUACCGCACAACACCAAUCUCUGAGCUCGAUGGUGAACGGCCUCCAUUGCCGAUUUAUGGAUGCUAUGUUCGAUCCGCCUUGAUAACCAAGUUUCCUGACCUGAAGGUUGACAUCCGACGGGGUGGUAAACUCAUAAAGCAAGAAGAGCUCAUCCUUCUACGUCAUGACAUCGUGAAUGUGGACACGAUGUUCUGUUUGUUCUCUAAACGCCCUUCUGCCAACACAUGGGAUGAACUCUGGUUCACACAGCCUCCACAUCAACAAUCAUUUGUGGCAGGAGCUACGGUAGAUGCUGACACGAUCAAGAUACCCUUCCGGAGAGCAUAUACGACUAAUCUCUGGAAAGAGGAUGGAGAUGAUGUCAAUGAACCCAUGAAAACCUAUUUCUGGAAUCAAGAGGAGCAGUCCGAUGGGUCCGGCGAGCCUGGUGAUUCCAAUGAUCCUGAAGAGGGGCCCGGGGUUAUUUAUCACUGGACUGACCCAGACGACCCAUCAGUUGAGGUACGCCGACUGUCAAUGGAGUAUUAUGCUCAACUCUACUUGGAGACCGCACAAAGCGAGAUGGACACGACUCGCUUCGAGGAUGAAUUUGCAACAUCAGCAUUGAUGGCUACCCAGAUGAACUCCUUCGCGUGGAGGUUAAAGAUCGGCAUCAACGGUCGAAACUCCCUGGCCACCCAGGUGGUGCGGGUUAAUCCCUUCGCCGAAGAAGCUGAGUCCUCGGUUCCUCUCCCUCUUCCUGCAUCACCUGAGCCUCUCGAUAAUCGUCCAAGCUUUGCAUACAAAGUGCGGUCUAUGGAUAAUCCAGGCAACCGGGAUAUCUACAUGACAAACAUCCCCCAGGACCUCAUUUUUCACAUCGUUAUGCGAAGUGGCUGGGGAUCAUUUGAUACAUAUCUCGAGUAUGUCAGGUUCACUCUACCCCUCAAAGACCCCAACGCGGAAGGUGGCGCCGCUUUGAUGAAGUCAUAUAUUGGCCCAGGAGCGUAUAUGCUCUCAAAUAUUCGUUUCAACCCAAUACUCAGCUUUCGCAAGACCGAUGAAGGAGUCAACACGCACCUUGUCAUUACUUUGACCCCCCGUAAGGUCGCCACAAAUGGCAGGAAUCCAGGUGUGUGGGUGGACAACUGUCGAGAGCUCAGCUUCGUCUUGACUGGUGUGUACAUCAACCGCUACCCAACCGACAAACGGCGGGUUUCGUAUAACGGUGGGGAGGGAAACGGUAAGGUGGAGGUGAAAUACAACGAUAGAACAAGUCCAGAGGUUGCUGACAUAGAGGAAGAAACUCGGCUCAGGCUGGAGAAAAAGGAGGCCAAAUCUAUGAAGGAUACGCGUGCUGCUUUCUUAGAAUCGGCAGUCCUGCCAUAA